AUCGGGUUCUCCAUAGUACGAAUUGAGUUUUGCUGUACCACUAAGUGCUAAUCUCUGCAAUCGAGUGAGCGACCAGGUUGGAACAACCAUGUACAACAUUUAUGUUUCUAACAAGUCUGGAGUUAACGUCUUUGUUCGUCUUCAUCGCCAACAAAUUUCGGAUUUGAACGGAAAUUUCCAUCGGGAGUUAGACCAGCUGACUGCAAGAGCAGAGGACCCCAGAGGGAAUACAGAUAGUACACAGAGCAAACCCAAAGUCAGUUCAUUCUUAGCGCGAUGGGGAUUCUGCAUGAUUCCAAAGGGGGCGACGACACCUUUUGCAGUGGAGGAUACGAUCGAUACCACCCGUAUGUAUGCAUCGCUGUAUUCCAGUAGAAGAUUAUGGCUUAUCGACUAUGAAGUACUCUCUGUUAAAUAUGGAUGCGUAGAUGUGAUGUCACAUAAAGAAAAUCCAAGAAGUACACAUGCAUGGCCGCCCGCCAGCAGGGAUUCAUUCACUCAAGACCCAGUGCCAGUUUACUUUCGUCAGACUAAUCCUGAACCACACUGGAUCAAACGCAAAAAAGGAGAUUGUGUAAAGUCUGAAAACCUUAUCAGAACGGGUAGAGGUAAUGGUUGUUUUGGCCGUUUAUCUUUUGAUCACGCACCGUGCAGAGUUACGUAUAUUCGUCAAGAUGAAGAACGAGAGAUGGACACGUGGGAAGCAUUUGAUGGUAGGAAAGAACAACUCGGCGAACUGCUGAUGGAUACUGGUCAUGAAUUUUUCCGAGCUAAGAUUGGCGAUCGGAUGCCUCCUCAUGCCGUGACAGUAGGUGUGAAUGACAAUGGUGAACUCAAGUACCUUGGAAGAAUUGGAGAUGGCAUCCCUUGUUCAGUUACCGCCGAAGACGACAAAGUGGGAUAUUUUGAUUACUUUUCAGGAGAGCAAAAACGGGCUGAAAGAGGCGAAAUAAUGGUAUUGACUGGACGUCGAUUACAAAAAAAUCCUUGAGUCGUGAUGUAUUUAAUGCGAUUUUCUCGAACAUCAAUUUUGUUUUAGCUUUUUCUGAAAAAUAUACAUAAGAUUACGUUAAAGUCGCAUAUUCUGCCAGCGUGAAGUCACCAUGUCUACCAGUCAAUCAUCUAGGCCCAUAAAUUAUGAUCUGAAUAUGAGGUACCCUUAGAUGAGAUCCCAGGUGAAACUUGUCUGAAGGAAAUGACGGAAAGGAAUUUCAAAACUUCAACUUUUACUUUCGUCAACGUUACUUCUAAUUACGAUGUAGCUUAGGGAGUUUAUUGUACGUUUACCAGUUGUUGCAACAUUUGUUGUUUUCCCACUGGCUAGCAAGAAAGUGUGCAAAGAUUACUUUCCCGAGAGAAUAGAGAAAAAUCACAAAUGAGAUUAUAAUAACAAGUCAUAUCUAUCUUUAAGUGGUUUCGUUGCUUACUGUAGGACCUUAAGUCGCCAUAUGUUUGAGUUACAGAAUCCCUUGCAAUAAACACAAUAGUCAUUUUGAUUACUUUUGUAUCCACAUAAGUCACCAUUGUCUGAGGCAUCCUUAUUUCAAACCAUUUUUGCUAAAAAUGCUUGGACAGAUGUACCACAACAAUUAUUUUCUAAUUAUAUUGUCGAGGCUAGUGAAUGAAAAGCCAGGAAAAAUCAUGGGUUUUAUGCCUAAAAAAAUAACCUAUAAAAAAUAUGCACAUAGUGACAUAAAUUUUAAAGUUUAGAAAAGAGCCAUGAUUUACAUAAAACUAUACAACCGUAACUACCUGUACAACGGGGUACCAUAGAACAUACAAAAGAUGAGGGACUGGCCCUAAACAUUUGGGGUAACAGUCCGUCAGGCUCUGUCAGACAGGAAAUAACAAUGGCGAGAGCUGUACCUCCUCCGUGCUGUACCUCCUCCGUGCUGUGCCUCCUCCGUGCUGUGCCUCCUCCGUGCUGUGCCUCCUCCGUGCUGUGCCUCCUCCGUGCUGUGCCUCCUCCGUGCUGUGCCUCCUCCGUGCUGUGCCUCCUCCGUGCUGUGCCUCCUCCGUGUUGUGCCUCCUCCGUGCUGUGCCUCCUUCGUGCUGUACCUCCUCCUUCGUACCUCCAUCAGAGAGAAAUUCAACCGGGUGAACCGAUCAGCCCCAAGCCCUCUGAGGAAGAUUAGAAAUACGAUUCCCCAAGCAGUAAUUGAAAACGGAUGAGUCAUUUCAGGAAUACAAGACUGCAUGCGAUGGAAAGUUACGCCUGAAAACUUUAGUCGAGAUCGCGGAAUUGCAAAAACCUGAUUCGUCUACAAAAAGAAUGCACGCGUUCCUCCUUAUUCUACGAGGUUGUCUUCUUUGCGGUAUUGAUUGCAAUCCUUUUCUUUCUGCAAUCGGGAAAACAAAGACGUUAAGGUUUCUUUAACUUGUUUAGAUGCUUGAAAAGGCCACAUAACCAUGUUCUUGUUACUUGUGAUUACCUUGCGUAUCUCACGCUCUACCAAAACAUAUUUGAGAUGUUACCGUAUCUGUCAUGCUCAAACGCAAAAUGUAACUGAAUAUGACCGAAAACAAAAUAUUUGUUUGUUUAAAGAGAGAAGUUCA